UGCACUUUUCGCCGGGUGAAAACCCGAACUUUGCCGGGAAUAAGAGUCGUGGCAUCUUAGAUUAUCUAUCAACGACGUUUUUAAUUCUCAAACAAGACAUUUGUGAAGUGAUUUUUUUUUGUAGCGACAUAAUCCAGGAAAAAGUGCCACAAACCAAGUUUAAUAGCUCUGUUUACCUGCAUCCGUGCUUGAAAAAACAUGGUGGAUUGUUCGCGUGGACAUGGAUUAACCAAACCACUCUUUUCCUGUAUUUUGGGAGGAGUUAUGGACACCCUCUUUUCUGUUGUGUUGCUUAUUCAUGGAAAGCACCUGUCUAGUUUUAAUGAACGUUCACAAGUGGAAAAAUUCAAAUUUUGUUCCUCGGUUUUUGAUUUGUGGAUUUUGUCUUUGGUACGCUGUUGCACUUUAUUUGGUGCCGUCUUGGGAAUACUGUUUGCUAAACGCAAAAUGGAUGCAGUUUCCAGAAUUAUCACAUUUAAGAAACCUUGGCUUUAUUACAGCGUUGGAGUCGUCGUCUUCGUUGUAACCAAAUUCCUUGUCAGCACGGAAUGUGAAUUGGACAAAACGUCAAAUAUUUGGUUGGGGUUAUUCCUGGGAUGGACUGUAGUUGCCACGGUGAUUGCUAAUGGUCUGUGGCAUUUCCUCUCUAAAAUCAAAAUCACGGCCUUAUCUACAGAACAAGAAACUGGCACAAUACAAGAAAGAGAGGCUCUCAUCACUGUGGACGAUUUUCAAGAUUCGGAAGAGACUAGCGCUAAUGGGAAGAAAAACAAUAUUUCUGCUUGGAGACUGAUGUCUUAUUGCAAACCAGACCUUCCUUACAUUUCUUUGGCAUCUGUUUUCCUCUUACUUGCAGCAACUGGUGAAAUAUUCAUUCCUUAUUACACUGGACAGGUCAUAGAUGCUAUUGCCAUUGAUAAGGACAAGACCAAGUUUUUGAAUGCCAUUGUCAUAAUGACACUCAUAUCACUUGGUACAGCAAUCGCAGCUGGCUUGCGUGGUGGGCUGUUCAACUUGAUUGCGGCAAGAUUUACCAAGAGGAUCAGUAAUUUUUUAUUUGGCUCUAUUGUGAAACAAGAAAUUGGAUUCUUUGAUAGUACAAAGACAGGAGAUAUUGUCUCGCGUUUGAGCUCAGACACAACAAAGAUGUCAGAUCAAGUAGGAUUAAACAUAAACGUUUUUCUGCGGAACUGCGUUCAGUCCAUUGGUACAUGUGUUUUUAUGUUCAAACUUUCUUGGAAGUUAACUAUUGUAACCCUGGUUGGCUUGCCUUUGGUUGCACUUAUCUCAGACAUUUAUGGAGACUACUAUAAGAAGUUGGCAACAGAAGUUCAAGAAGAAACUGCCAAGGCAAAUGAAAUUGCAGCAGAAGUUGUAUCUUCCAUGAAGACUGUUCGAAGCUUUGCAAAUGAAGAUGGUGAAUAUGAACGAUACAAGAGCAAACAAGAUGGAAUAUAUAGACUUAAAGUCAAGGAAUCCUUCCUGUAUGGAGGAUAUAGAUGGUGGACUGAAAUUCUUUCCCUUGCCAUUGACGUCAUUGUUCUACUCUAUGGUGGCCAUUUAGUAAUUAAUGGAGAUCUGACCGGUGGAUAUUUAGUAUCUUUCAUACUGUAUCUACUUCAGCUUAGCUUUUACAUAGAUGAAGUAGGUGAGAUAUAUACAGGUCUUAUGGAGGCUGUUGGUGCUUCUCAGAAAGUAUUUGAACUCAUUGACCGAGAACCCAAGAUUCAGAACAGUGGUGUUGUUACUCCUGGUGAAGUUUCAGGUGAAGUUACAUUUCAAAAUGUUUCCUUUGCAUAUCCCACAAGACCAGAUAUUACAGUCUUGGAUAAGGUGUCAUUUAGCAUCAAACCAGGUGAAGUGAUUGCUCUAGUGGGUCCCAGUGGUGGUGGGAAGAGCACCUGCAUAAGUCUUCUAGAGCACUUUUAUGAGCCAACUUCUGGUGAAGUUUUGAUUGAUUCAAUCCCAGUGAAGAAUUUUGAUCACAAAUAUUUGCACAACAAAGUGGCUCUGGUUGGUCAGGAACCAGUACUGUUUGCUAGAUCAGUCAAGGAAAACAUUGCAUAUGGUCUUGGUAAUGAUGAGAUUGAUCAAUGUUUAGUGGAAAAUGUGUCCAAACUUGCCAAUGCACAUUCUUUUAUCAGUGAUAUGCCGCAGGGAUAUAACACAGAAACUGGUGAAAAGGGCUUGCAGUUAUCAGGUGGUCAAAAGCAAAGGGUCGCUAUUGCUAGAGCAUUAGUUCGCAAUCCUCAAAUCCUCCUGCUGGAUGAGGCUACUAGUGCUUUAGAUGCAGAAAGUGAGCAUCUUGUCCAGGAUGCAAUUUACAAGAAUUUGACUGGCCACACCGUAAUGAUAGUGGCCCAUCGUCUGAGCACUAUUGAGAAAGCUGACAAAAUUGUUGUUAUUGAUCAGGGUCAAGUUAUUGCCCAAGGAAAGCAUAAAGAGCUAGUGGAACAAAAUGGACUCUAUGCAAAGCUUGUGAGCCGCCAAAUGUUAGGGCUGGAAGGAAGAAAUUCUUCACAGCAUGUUGGAUCCAGACAUAUUGAUCAGAGCGAUUCGGAGAGCAGUGAUGGAAGCAAUUCUCCUUAUUCUUCUAGUCCACACCUCUCAGCUUUGUCUAGAAAGUGAUCUUGUGAGCCUGUAAAAGGAGCUUCAGUAAUCUUUCUUUUAAGUUAACCUUCAAAUCUGUUGUUAAGAGGAAGAAAACCUUAAAAUUUUAAAUGUUUUUGUCAGGGUAGACAUCAGCAAUGGCAAUGAAUUUGUUGUAUGAUGAGUUAAUGAAUCCUGUCAGCAUUUUCAAAUAAAUGCAAGUCAGAUUUUAUGAGGUUCAAUAUUGUAUAGAAGGCAUAAAAAGUUAAGUUACAUUUGAUUUUGCAGAAAGUGAGCAUCUUGUCCAGGAUGCAAUUUACAAGAAUUUGACUGGCCACACGGUAUUGAUAGUGGCCCAUCGUCUGAGCACUAUUGAGAAAGCUGACAAAGUUGUUGUUAUUGAUCAGGGUCACCGCCUAACCGCCUCCCGGUUAGCUCAAUUGGUUAAGCGCCGGACUGUUGUGCGGGAGGUCGAGGGUUCGA